CGCGGCAUAUAUUUUUCUACAUAAUUAAAUAUUAUUAAAAUAACUAAACUAAAAAGUGAACAAUUUAAUUAAAACUGAAAAUCUAAAACAAAUAAAAUGAAACUUUUAUGGACUUAUAAAGUUAUAGAGUUAUUUGUGCAAAAAAAUGACAGAAGAUAAACAGAUAAACAAAUAACUGAAUCAACAAAAAUCCUUAAUAAAUAACUAAAAAGGAUUGUGUUAACAAAGUUGUAACAGCUUAAAAGUCAGUAGACAUACGCGUACAUUCAAAUCUACGCAAUAUUUAUUAAGUGUAAUUUGACUACAACUAUUUAAAACUUGUUUAACUGAAAGAAGAAAAAAAAAACUAUAACACCACAAAGAUAUGAGCUUAGCAUAUGAUAUUCUAAAAUGUUGCUUAAUAAAGAGUGAGAAAAAAAAUAUAUAAAAAUUUUAAAACAAACUAGAACACAUUUAAAAUUAUAUAAAAAUAUUUAUAAAUUUGUUUCACAUUUUUAACAAAUAAUAAAUGAUAAAGGUCAUAUAACGUUAUAUUUUUGUGAAACAACUAAAUAAAAAAUAAAAACGAAUGUUUAUUUCUGGUGAGGAUUAAUCAUCAAAUAGCAAAUACAAUACAAAUCUAUAAAAUAUAAUGAAUGAUAAAAUAAAAUCAAAUCAAGCCUCCACUUAAACGUGCUUUAAAUUCUUAAAAAAAACACACAAACUCAAUAAGUAAAAAAUAAAUCGAUUUAAAAAAUAUUGAAAAACACAACAACUAAAUGACAUAAAAAAUGCUGUUUUUAUUGAAACAAUAAGAGGAAGCGUGUAAAAAAUUAAAAGCAAAAACUAUAAAGAAAACAAUUUGCACAUAAUAUAAACACGAGUUAUGAUUGAAAAAUGAAAAAAAAAAUAAUUAAAUUUUGUCUGUCAUAAACUGUAAACACAAAAACCAUAAAUUUUUUAACUCGAAAAUCUAUAAAAAUCUUUCAUAAAUAAUGUACAAAAAAACUGCAAAUUACUUGUGCUAUUUUACAUUAAACUUGAAUAAAUCUUUAUAAAUUUUUCAAAAACUCACAUCAACACUUCACUUUAAAUGAAAUAAAUCAAUUAAUUUGCAAUCAAUAGAGUGAAAGUUUAUUGAUUUGUAUGUCUGUCUGUCGAUAAUAAUAAAAAUAAAAAAACAUUGCAAACAUUUAACAGAUUUUGUAACAAGUUUUAAGCCUUUUCCUUUCGACCAGCAACAAAAACCAAAACAACUUGGUUAAUUUUGUUGAAAAUAUUGGUGGCUUUUAUAGUGUGACAUUCGUUAGACAAACGGUGAUAAAUCAACGUUAGAAAUAUGAUGCUCCUAUCUGCUUUGAAGCUGGGCACUGGCAGUUCACCCGCCCAGAUUUCACAGCGCAGCAUUAGUCCAAAUAAUUCCACCUCAACAAGUCAAUUUAGUUUGCAUCAUAAUAGUUCUGGCAGUUUAGGUAGUUCGACGCCUACAUCACUGCACCCACAGUCAUCGGUUUCCACAUUCAAACAGUCACCAAAUUUAUUAAACGGUAACGGUUCAUUAUUGGAUAACACAAUGCCAGGUGGUAUACCAACUCCAGGAACACCAAAUUCAAAAGCUAAGGACAAUUCACACUUUGUUAAACUUGUCGUAGCUUUAUAUCCCUUCAAAGCCAUUGAGGGAGGGGAUUUGUCUUUGGAAAAGAAUGCCGAAUAUGAAGUAAUUGAUGAUUCCCAAGAGCAUUGGUGGAAAGUUAAAGAUGCCAUGGGUAAUGUUGGUUACAUACCCAGUAAUUAUGUUAAACCCAAAGCCUUAUUGGGUUUAGAAAGAUACGAAUGGUACGUUGGUGAUAUGUCACGUCAACGGGCUGAAUCCUUGCUAAAACAGGGUGAUAAAGAAGGCUGUUUUGUGGUGCGUAAGUCAUCGACAAAAGGUUUAUAUACACUAUCGCUGCAUACCAAAGUUCCCCAAUCACACGUUAAACACUAUCACAUCAAACAAAAUGCUCGCGGAGAAUACUAUUUAAGUGAGAAACAUUGCUGCGAAACCAUACCAGAUCUAAUCAACUAUCAUCGACACAAUUCGGGAGGAUUAGCAUGUCGCCUAAAAUCAUCACCAUGCGAUCGUCCAGUACCACCUACAGCCGGUUUAUCUCAUGAUAAAUGGGAAAUUCAUCCUAUGGAGUUAAUGUUAAUGGAAGAACUUGGCUCUGGCCAAUUUGGUGUGGUGCGCCGCGGCAAAUGGCGCGGUUCUAUAGAUACCGCUGUUAAAAUGAUGAAAGAGGGCACCAUGUCCGAGGAUGAUUUCAUUGAAGAGGCCAAAGUUAUGACCAAAUUGCAACAUCCAAAUUUGGUGCAAUUAUAUGGUGUUUGUUCCAAACAUCGUCCUAUUUAUAUAGUCACUGAAUACAUGAAACAUGGCUCAUUGUUAAAUUAUCUCAGACGUCAUGAGACCACAUUGAUUGGUAAUAUGGGUUUAUUGCUUGAUAUGUGCAUACAGGUCUCCAAAGGCAUGGCCUAUUUGGAACGUCACAAUUAUAUACAUCGCGAUUUGGCGGCUCGUAAUUGUUUGGUAGGUUCCGAGAAUGUUGUGAAGGUGGCUGAUUUCGGUUUGGCUCGUUAUGUUUUAGACGAUCAGUAUACCAGUUCUGGCGGUACCAAAUUUCCUAUUAAAUGGGCUCCUCCAGAAGUAUUGAAUUAUACACGUUUCUCCUCGAAAUCAGAUGUUUGGGCUUAUGGUGUCCUUAUGUGGGAGGUGUUCACAUGCGGCAAAAUGCCUUAUGGCCGUCUAAAGAAUACUGAAGUUGUUGAACGUGUCCAACGUGGUAUUAUUUUAGAAAAACCAAAGUCAUGUGCUAAAGAAAUUUACGAAGUCAUGAAAAAAUGCUGGUCUCAUAGUCCUGAAGAUCGUCAAUCAUUCCGUGUCCUCAAAGAGCAGCUCGCUUUAGUGGCACAAACACUCACCGAUUAAAUACAUUUGUUUCGUUUUUAUUUUUAAAAUUUAAUUUAACUUAACUUCUCUCUACCACUCUCCUAAUGUCUUUCAUACAUCAAAUACAUCAAAACUACUGAUCCUACAUCAUCAAACACUGAAGAAAAUCAUAAGCUUAUAGCAAAUGAAAAGUUAUUUCCAACACUUUUCAUACUAAAUUUAUAUAAAUAAUUUAAAAAGGAGAAAUAUAAGCAUAUAUAAUAUUAUUUAUACAUAAAAAAAUGCCAAGAUACAAGCACUGAUGAAGUUAAAUAUUUAUUAGAUAUAAAUAAUAACAAUACAAACAGAAAAAAAACUAAGUUAGCAGAAUAUACAUUAUAAUAAUAGUAUAUAACUCUCUAUAUAUUUAUAUAUAUAUAAUAUGACCCAUAACAAUUUGGACAACUUUAACUAAACAACAAAUCUUAGCAAAAAAAACCAUCAAAACUCUAAAACUAUAACCAAGUCUUUAGUGUAGGUUUUGAAAUUUUUGAAAAUAUAACAACCAAAUUAAUCAAACAUUAUUCAAGAAAAUGUUUAAACAAAUUAGUUUGGUUUUAUAUCAUUAAUAAUACAUAUACUGAACAUAUUUAAUAUAUAAUAAAAAAAUAAACUACUAUGAAAGCAGAAAACAAAAAAAAAAAUCAGUAUGUAAAUAGUGUUUAAGCCUAAAACUGAUAAAUUUACGUUAUAGUUUAUAAACUGCAAAGAAAGAAAGAAAAACAAACAUAAUACAUUCUUAAAAAAUUUAGAAUUUUUUUUUACCUAAGCAUAUAAUACAAAAAAAAAUAAGUAAAUUUAGAUAAAACAAAAUUUGAAAAAGAAUUUAAUAAUUUGCGCCAAGUUUUUUUAUACUAUUUUAUAUAUUAAAUACAUACCUAUAAAGCAAAACAUGUGUGAAAUGUUUUUGCCCAGAUAUGGAUCAUAAACUAAACAAAAAAACAAAAUAUGUGCUUUUAAACAAAUUAAAUUAUAGCCUAAAUAAUAUAAAACAAAAAUAUUAAAGAAAAACACUUUAGCUUGUAAAAAAUAUAUAAAAAGUCUUCUUUUUAAAGAAGCUCCAGAUCAAACAACCUUAAUUCAUUUUAAUAACUUAAACUUUAAAUAAAGACUUGAAAUUAUUGUUAUUUUUUAAGUCUUUGUUUAAUUUUACUUAAAUUUUAUUUAAUUGUCUUUUUGUUUAUUUGUUUAAAAAUUCGAAUUGCUGAACAAUUUGCAUUUGACAUUCACUACAAACUUUAAAAAACAUUUAAAUUUUUUUUAAAAAAUUCUUUUUAUUAUUAAUUUUUGUGAUUUAUGUUUAAUUAUUAUAAUUAUUUUAUUUGAUAAUUUA